AUGAGCGGAGCCGGGUCGGCGGGUAUGGCCCGGGGGUUGCGCGUGGACGGGCUGCCACCGCUACCCAAAAGUCUGAGCGGGCUGCUGCACUCGGCGGCGGGCGGCGCGGCGGGCGGCUGGCGGCACCUGGAGCGGCUGUACGCGCAGAAGUCGCGCAUCCAGAACGAGCUGAACCGAGGGGGCGCGGGCGGCGGCGGGACGCGGGCGGCGGGGAUGCGGACCAAGCCCCCCAACCUGGACGCCGCGCUGGCGCUGUUGCGCAAGGAGAUGGUCGGCCUCCGACAGCUGGACAUGUCCUUGCUCUGCCAACUGUACAGCCUCUACGAGUCCAUUCAGGAGUACAAGGGGGCGUGCCAGGCAGCCUCCAGCCUGGAUUGCACCUAUGCACUGGAGAAUGGCUUCUUUGAUGAGGAGGAGGACUUCCAGGAGCAGGGCUCUCUCCAAGACGGGCAGCACCGAGGCUCUCCUAAGGACCCGUCAUUACCCCUUACCCACCUCUCCAGCAGUGACUGGAUUCUGGAGUCCAUCUAGUGACUCUGGAGGGGUCUAACACAGACUGGCAGCAUCUGUUUCUCUUCUUCCAAGAAAGUACUUCAGCCUCUUCAUGGUGGACAGUCUGAGGACAAAUGGUGACACGCACCACUUGUUUAACUUGUGGGUAUGGAGUUCACUGACAUGGGGGACGGCCUGCUUAGUUGGCUGCAGGGUCUUAUGGGUGACCUAGAGGCAUGUUAGAAUAUCCUGGACACUGUGAGUAGCACCUGCUGGAAGCUCUGACAGAAGGGUUCUGUGUGGAAAGCCUUCACGGCGUUUGGGUGAGGUUGCUCUCAGCAGGCGUCUUUGUAGGUGGCAGGUGUGUUGCACCCUCUUUGGGUGAGGAAUGCCACUCUGGCGUGUGGAAUAUGAAGAGCAGCAUUUGCCUGCCUGGAACCCGCAGGGCAGUCUGCAUCUCUUCUUGCUGUUACUUAGCUGUUAGUCCUCUUGGCUCAUUUAUUUGAAAGCUGCAUCACUGAUUUUCCAGGGGACUUCCUGAGAGUUUUCUAGAAGGAGGAAAUAUUCUGACACGCUGGUCAACUGCUUUUCUGCAACUACCGAAAUUGACACCAGGUAUAGGUGGAGAGGAAAAAAAAUACAUGAAUAUACAUUGAAUGUAGGGGAAACAAAUCCUGGGACAAACUAGUAUUAAGCAGUACUUACCCAAAGCCUUAAUGUAUUUAUUAAAACACUUUAUGAGAACUUCACCCUCUGUGGGUUAAACGUGUAAAAUGCU